CCCAAGUUUCAUCGUGUCAUCAUUGAGUCGGGCGCUCCGACAUCCCGCGCUGUUCGCAAUCCCGACGCAGAGAUCCACGAGAUGCAGUUCAAAGACUUCCUGGAAGAAGUUGAAUGCCCUUCAACUCUACCAGAGUCGGAAGUCUUCAGCUUCCUACGCAAACUUCCCAUUUCCACCAUCGCCAAGGCUCAGACCAAGGUAUUCCAGAAGUACAACCCCAGUCUACGUUGGGCGUUCCAACCCGUAAUCGACAACGAGAUCAUCCGCCGCCGUCCAAUCGAUGCAUGGCGGACGGGCAAAUGGUACAAGAUGCCCAUCAUGACCGGGUUUCAAGGGAAUGAAGGCUCGUUGUACGUUAAUAAGAAGAUGUCGACUUCCUCCGAAUUUCUGGAUUUCUGGAAGACUUUGCUGCCGCAGAUGAGCGAUGAGGAUAUUCAGACGAUACACAAGUUGUAUCCUGACCCGACUGAAGUACCAGACUCUAUUUACAAAGAGACGCGGCUCGAGCAUGGUGUCGGCGCUAUGUACAAGCGUAUCGAGGCGGCCUACGCGCAUUACGCAUACGUCGCUCCAGUCCGUCAAACGGCAUUCUUCGCCAGCCAGGAUGCAUCAGUAUAUCUCUAUCACUGGGCAAUGAGACGCGAUAUCGUCGAUGGAGCUCGUCACGCAGAUAAUAUGUUCUAUGAAAUGAGAGACCCAAAGUUCAUUUCGAAGUCCAAGAGCCAGGACGAGCUGUCGGGUAUCUUGCACGCGUACAUCACUAGUUUCAUUUGUACUGGCACUCCGAACGCGCUUGGCGGCUCGUAUGCGAACAGGACGGAGUGGAAGAGCUAUGAUAGAGCUGAUCCGAAGGUGAUGGUCUUUGGAAGGGAUAAUGAGGAGUUAAUUGGUGGGCAGACCAUUGGUGAGCCGGCUAUCAUGGCUGACGACACGUAUGCGAAGGAGGAGAGUGACUUUUGGUGGUCCAAGGUUGAACUGUCACAGCAGUAA